AUGACUAUGCUCCUCUCCCUCUCCUCCGAUUUGUCUAUCCCUCUCCCCAAUUUCGAGAUGUUGGGUACCAAUCUAGGUGGUCGGAUCCUGAGAUUAGGGUAUGGGAAGGAAGAAAAGGAGGAAAAUACAGAUGCUGACGGCGGUGUUGGUGGUGGCCACAACCGUAUCAGUGGUGGGGAUGAGGAGUUGGAGAGCGAGGAGAGGAGGGAGAGACGGGAGAGAAUGAGGUUGGGGAGAACAACGACAUCAACAAUAGAAAAGGACAGAUCGGGGAUUUAG